GCAAGAUGAACCCACAGCUGCCUCAGAUGUUCUACCCGGUGCUGGAUGACAUCACACUCACCAAGGGCGACAUCGUGGCUGCGCGAUGCACGAUGAACAACUACCGCUCCAGGAUCACAAGAGUCGGCAACACGGGCAGGGACGAGAUGUGCAACUUCUACCUGAUGUACUGGUCGGAAGAUGGCGCGCUGAACAUGCCCAACUGCUUCCGGGAGGGGCCACCACAACUCUACUGGACCAGCAUGGGCUUGGACAACAUCCCCGACUACGAGGCGUCGCAUCUGCCGCUGAAAUUCAAAGAACUGGUUCGCCAGCAUGGCCACCAACACCACGGCUAAAUAGACUACUCCGCAGUUCGAUGCGGGCGAUGGUAUCAGUGGGAUCUCCGCCACAUAACAGGCAAUUAACCCUUUGUACUCAAAAUUGAAAAAGGCGCAUGCCUCUAUAGGUUUCAUGUUACCAAGAGGCGUGGUCUCGGAUGUAUUAUGUUAAUUUGAAAAGGUAAGAUUUUCUGGAAAACUGGAUCUUUGACUUGUCAUAUGGGGUCAAUUAUUGACCUAACAAUUCUUGUCUGCUGAGCUCUAUACGCAUUGUUUUCAAAACGCCAGGGGAGUCGCAUCAACCCCUUAUCAGUCCGCAUUUUGAAAAACGGCGAGUAAGGGCGAGGGUCAAUGCCCAUUCACGUCCUUCCGAAAUCAAGGAAAAUUUGCUAGUUUAGUUUAAGGCUGGCACAGUUUAGGACGUUGGCAUUGUGACGGGUAAUGCCUUUUGGUAUCGUAAAGAGACCGCAAUUUUUUGUUUUUUUUCAAAGAACACCGAACCUGAUUUUAUAUCUGAUAUGGGACCAGGCAUCUUGUACUUAUCUCUUGCCGGUUAGAAAACAACUGGCAACGUCUUUUUGGUGACAACACUGAUGUCCUCGAAUUACUCGCAGCUUGCACUUCACCGUAGUGAUAUGCCCCUGGUAAAAACAGUGGUGGUAGGAUUGAAUGCUUUAAAUAAUGAAAUAGGGUGCUUAAGACCGUACAGAUUCUUCCAGUGCAUCAGUGAACCGUGUAGCUGAUCAUUUGUUGUUAGUUAAUGUUAAAGUAAUACCUCUUGUUCUGCCCAAUGUCGAGGAUUAUCAAAUGUGUCAUCGUGCUACUGUUUCCAUGUGUCCAUGCUCGGGUACUGUUAUUCUACUGACUCUUUCACAGCAGGUGCAUGAUUUGCUGCCAUCACGGACAGGAGAGCAGCACUAAGCUGAAAGUAGACGUAGCCAUUCGCUGCUGCAAGAUGUAUAUUUUUCUGCGGUUCUAGUCUAAAAUUCAUAUCUGUGAACACAUUUAUCGCUAAGAACGGACGGAUGCAGCGGUAACCCUAUUUUUCUAGCCCGUACUGAUGUGGAGCAUAGCGUCCGGCGGUGCAUGGCGUGUGUUUGUGGGUAGUUAUCUCCAUAUUCUGUGUGGUAAUUCAACCCAAAAUUUGCAAUGCCACGGUUAGUUUCCUUUAUUAAACGGUGAGUUCUCUACGCUAAGAAAAUGUUUGGAACGUUUUAUCUAUCACUGCAUGCAUUGAAAACAUUUUUUUAAAUAAAAACUAGAGCAUGCGGUCAAUUGUGUCAACAAAUUGCUGAUGUAAUAUUUGCACCCAUUAUAAUUUUUUAUACAGUUAUCUGCACGACAUGCAGCUUACGAUAAGAUAUCUAAUUUAAUGAUAGGUAGUGAACAAGUGUUGAUGCCAUGUAACACAAUGCUUAUACGCAUGUCUGUGUCUGAUGACACAAAGCCGGAAACCGAAAAGGUGUAUGGUAUGGUUACAUAAAGGGCUUACCGUUCAACAAUGAUGCAUGUUACUCGUUGAACAUGGUGUUCUAUCUAACAAUGUAUCAUAAUUUACUAUCAAUUUAUUCUCAAAUAUACGAUAGCAAAAAUG